GGGAAGUGUGGCCGUCGAACGCGCGGUGGUGACACGGUGUCGCGUCGGGACACUGAUUCCAGAUAUUUCUUAUUUUCCGCGCGGCUACGUUGAAAAGUACUGGCCCCCAAAUGCGCGAACCGCAAAUCCUGUUUCAUGUUCAUGUUCUGGAGCAAACGGACGGCGCUCACUAGACGUCUCCUAAAGGCCAAGGUCCGUGGAGAGCAUGAAACCGAGUGUGAAGCUCAAGAGGAUUCGUCACGUAUUCAUCGCGCAAACAACACGAACGGCACCGACAACGACACGAGUAACGUGACGGCAGCGACGGGCCAAACAACCAGAGGAGCGCGUGGAGCGUCGUCAGGAGGUGCAGUCGGCGGCGGCGGAGGAGGAGGAGGAGGAGGAGGAGGUGGAGGUGGUAACCGUAUCUCGUCGAGUAGACUGCAACAAGGUUGCUGUGGCGGUGAUCAGAGCCAGGACGAUGACGAGGAUCCCGUUCGUUUGUUGAGGUGCAAGGAGCUCCUCAAAUCGCUCAAGGAGAAUCAGCUAGAGAUGUUACUCACCGCCGUGGAGAGUUCCGGUGCCGAUCUCGGUUCGUGCAUCCUCGUGCCCCAUCAACAUCCCGAGGACGGCUACGAUCCCGAGCAACAGCAACAGUGUUAUCGGCCACAUCGUUACCAUUACCAUCACCACCACUAUCAUCACCCGCACCAUCAUCAUUAUCAUCAUCGACAUCAUCGUAGACUUCAUCGUUCUUCGUCGUUGGAGAACGAUGACGAUCGGAACUCCGGAUCGGAGGACACAUGCACGUUAUCGAUCAGACCGGAACGGUGCAGGGUGCCUGUACGAGGCUCGCACGACAACGCGCCGAUUGAUCCUCACCUGCUCUGCUGCCAGAUCUGGCGGUGGCCGGAUCUAGCUCACUCGUCUGAGCUUAAGAGACUUCCUGUCUGUCAUUCCGCUAAAGACCCUGUAUACAUAUGCUGUAACCCUUACCAUUGGAGCCGGCUCUGCAAACCCGGUAAGUUUCACUUCUUUUUUAUUUUUUAUUCCGUUACAGGUUAUAUGAAUAAAAAAUUUGUUUACUAUCAAAGAACGUUUAUCUCGUCGAGUAGACUGCAACAAGGUUGCUGUGGCGGUGAUCAGAGCCAGGACGAUGACGAGGAUCCCGUUCGUUUGUUGAGGUGCAAGGAGCUCCUCAAAUCGCUCAAGGAGAAUCAGCUAGAGAUGUUACUCACCGCCGUGGAGAGUUCCGGUGCCGAUCUCGGUUCGUGCAUCCUCGUGCCCCAUCAACAUCCCGAGGACGGCUACGAUCCCGAGCAACAGCAACAGUGUUAUCGGCCACAUCGUUACCAUUACCAUCACCACCACUAUCAUCACCCGCACCAUCAUCAUUAUCAUCAUCGACAUCAUCGUAGACUUCAUCGUUCUUCGUCGUUGGAGAACGAUGACGAUCGGAACUCCGGAUCGGAGGACACAUGCACGUUAUCGAUCAGACCGGAACGGUGCAGGGUGCCUGUACGAGGCUCGCACGACAACGCGCCGAUUGAUCCUCACCUGCUCUGCUGCCAGAUCUGGCGGUGGCCGGAUCUAGCUCACUCGUCUGAGCUUAAGAGACUUCCUGUCUGUCAUUCCGCUAAAGACCCUGUAUACAUAUGCUGUAACCCUUACCAUUGGAGCCGGCUCUGCAAACCCGAGUCGCCACCACCCCCGUACUGCCUUAUUGCCGACAGACUGAGACCCGAAGAUCGUGCGCCCAGCGAAGGGGAUCAACGUCGGUGCAAAAACAGCACACCCCUGCCACUUCCCGGCUCCCUUACCACCAACGGAGAAGGUGAAACAGGACAGAAGGAAUGGUGUACACUAGCAUAUUGGGAACUAGGUGGUCGAGUGGGUCGUUUGUACCCCGUGGAACCUUCAACGGUGAAUGUUUUCGAUUCUCUCCAUGAUGGCGAUGGUCUUUGCUUAGCAACAUUAGCUGAGAAUCAUGUUGCGCCACCUGCGGUCCAAAAGACUCGAAGUAAAAUUGGCCUUGGUUUAAUGCUCAGCCAAGAAGCAGACGGCGUCUGGGCGUAUAACAGAUCUGAGAGCCCGAUUUUCGUGAACUCGCCUACUUUGGAUGACCCAGAGUCUAGAACGUUACUCGUCUAUCGCGUGCCUCCCGGCUUUUGUCUGAACAUUUUUGACCGGACCAAAAUUCUGCAGCUUCCAUACGGCAACGGCAACACGAGAACAAGCAAUCAGGCAUCAGGAUUCGCGUCCGGUCCCGUCGAUAUCAACUCCGUCCGAAUCAGCUUUGCCAAAGGCUGGGGACCCAAGUACUCAAGACAGGAAGUGACCUCUUGUCCAUGUUGGCUCGAAGUACUCCUAGCACCGUGCAGGUGAUCCCUACAACUCAUCGUGAUGGUAUUCAGUCUCGUCCGUUUGCGCCUCUUCUUCCUCCUCGUCGUCCUCCAAGAGGACCGAUCUGUGAAACUGACGCAGCAACGACGAAGCUCCGUCCCAAAGGCUGCCAACGGAUACUCAACAAACGACGUGGAUCGCCGCCAGCAGUCUUACCAAAGUACGCCGCCAUACAUCCAGGAACAGCGUCGUUUUAUUCACUGAAACGAACAACAUCCAAUUAAAAGAAUAAGAAUCAUUCGACAAGAGCGUUUCUUGUGCCUACGAACGGAGGAUAUGCAGUUCUACGUGGUACUCGAUCUUCAUCACUUCAAAAACACUCGACUGUAUUGUACACAGGGCUGGAUUAAGUAUGUAACAACACAUGCUUUGAAGGAGGCGCCAUUUUAUACUCAUGAGUGGAUAUUUUCUAAGGACUUAACAGCGGGAAAGUUAGGAAGAACUGAAUUGCUUAAUUUCCAAAUAUUUGAAGCUAGGAAGUCACUACUUUAACAUCCUAAAAUAUCACGUUUGGAAAGUCCAUAAAUUCUAAAGUAUCUCAAGUUUCGAAGUUUAAAAAUAUUGCAGUAAAAAAUUCCACAGUUCCAAUGUAUUAGAUUCAAAAAGUCCCAAAGUUCAAAAAAUUGUGAAGUCUUAAACUUCCAAAAUUCCAAAAUUUAA